GCUCCGUUUGCACAUUUUCGCUGCUCUGGUGGAAACAUGGAAACUUCUGAGAAGUCCGACACUGAUAUUCGGUUUGUUUGCAGGGGAACAUUUGUCCACUCGACCGCUGAGGAGGCGCUGCAGAUCCUGGAGGAUGCGCUUCUUGGAGUGGACUCAGAGGGAAAGAUUGCGUUCAUUGGGGAAGGUAAAGAAUUACAGAAACUGUCUGAGAACUUUGGAUUUAGCCCAUCUGCAGUGACGCAAUUGCAACAACAUGAGUUCUUUAUGCCUGGAAUGAUAGACACGCACAUCCAUGCAUCCCAGUACAGCUAUGCAGGCACAGCCCUGGAUAUGCCUCUACUGCAGUGGCUCAACACAUACACCUUUCCUGUGGAGUCACACUUUCAGGACUUAGAGUUUGCGAAGAAGGUCUACACUCAAGUAGUGAAAAGGACUUUAAGAAACGGAACAACCACGGCGUGUUACUUUGCCACCAUACACACUGAUGCGUCUCUUCUGCUUGGUCAGAUUGCAAAUGACUUUGGCCAGCGUGCCUUAGUAGGGAAAGUGUGUAUGGACAGAAACGACGCUGUGAAGUAUUACAGAGAAACCUCUGAAGAGUCUCAAGAAGAGACCUAUCGGUUCAUUAAAGAACUACUAAACAAAAAGUACCCCCUGGUGAAGCCAGUGGUCACUCCACGCUUUGCACCGUCCUGCACAGAGGCCCUGCUUACUAAGCUGGGAGAAAUUGCCAAGAAUAACAAGCUGCAUAUUCAAAGUCACAUCAGUGAAAAUCUUGAGGAGGUGGAAUUGGUGAAGGAGCUAUUCCCCAAUUCGGAGUCUUACACAGACAUCUAUCACAAAUGCAACCUUCUCACAGACAAGACUAUUUUGGCCCAUGGUUGCCACCUCAGUGAUGAAGAGUUGGUUCUGUUCAGGAAAACAGGAGCUGCUUUGUCCCACUGUCCCAAUUCAAACAUCUCGUUGUGCAGUGGAGUGCUGAAUGUGCGCAAAGUCCUGAAUCACAAAGUGAAGCUGGGGCUGGGUACAGAUAUGGCAGGAGGCUAUUCACCUUCCAUCCUUGAUGCUGUGCGAAGAGCCCUGGACUCGUCCAAAGUCCUCACCAUCCAGGACCCAGAACACAAAACACUCAGCUUUGAGGAGGUCUUCAGACUGGCCACACUGGGAGGGAGUCAAGCGUUGUCCCUGGAUGAGCGAACAGGAAACUUUAAGGUGGGAAAGGACUUUGAUGCCCUGAGAGUUAAUGUGGCUGCUCCAGGUGGACCCAUCGACGUAAUCCAAAAUGAGAAACCACAGAUUCUUUUGGAGAAGUUCUUGAAUUUGGGUGAUGACCGAAACAUUGUGGAGGUGUUUGUAGCUGGGAAGAAGGUGGUGCCUUUCAGUGAGCCAUGAACAGACAGGACUUUGUCCUUCCUCAUAUUGGUGUGAAAGAAACAAAAACACACACUAUGGCUGCUUCAUCUAUGUUUUUUCACAAAAGUAGAUUAAUUGGAGUAAAAUAUGGUAGAUACAGGAAUAUUUUUAAUAUGCAUAUUUCAGGACAGAGUAUGUUAUUUAGUUCAUCAUUCUUUAGCCUGUAUGCUGGACUUUUGAUUGGGAAGCAAGGGAUAUAUUAAACAGGAGGAAGUUUGUACAGAUAACUGUGGCCAAUAAUUAGCCAGUGUAUUUUCUUUGUUUGGUACUUUUGCACCUUUGCCAUGUAGUAAAUAACUCUCACUGAAAAAAAAAUCCAUCCUUAUUGCCUUACAGCUUAAUUUAUUUCGCCUUUUGUGAUAACAUAGGACUUGGUGCUUUUUAUGGUACAAGAACUGCAGUAGUUUGAUGAUACCAUUUUCAUAGACUUCCUGUAGAAAGCGAAGGCUAAAUUGUGCUAUAAUGGACACUCC